AUGCACUUGUUGUUCGCUCUGUCUUUGCGGGUUCUUCACUUUAUAUACGCUCUGGUGAUCCAUGUUCGCUCAUAUUGGAAAAGAUACACCUGGAGUCCCCCACAGCCUCUUUCAGCGGCGCGCAAGCGGUUGCCAAAACACCUCGCCAUCAUUCUCGUUGCAGAUACACAACUCACCGAAGAAGCCACCGAAAGACUUUUGUCGGACAGCGUUGUCAACGCGGUUGACUGGUGUCGGGCGAGUGGCAUUCAGAAACUUACCGUUUAUGAAGAGAACGGCCUUCUUUCUACGUCUGCCCAAACCAUUGGCGAUCGUGUUCCCCACAAUAGCUCAGAAAGUGAAUCGAGCGAAUCUGAGCUCGAAUAUCCGUUAACUCCACCACCGUCUGAUUAUUCCGAGUCCCGGCCACUUUCUCCAUCGCAAGAUAUACACACUACCAUUCCCGCAAUCCGUAUCCAGGUCUCGAAGUUGCCUCUUGAGUCCUACGAUCGGAAAUAUUCGGUGAAAAGACGAAAACGUAAAUUCAACUCGAAUCACAACCAACGAGGACAUUAA